GCUCUAAAGAUGUAGCUGACAUGGAGAUCAAACGGCGGAAUUCGCCUGCUUCUACCGAGUGAAUCAGGCUGCGAAUUGCGGGCACAACAUCGACUGGGAUUGGAUCUUUUUCCAUCCAACGCUCAUUGAUUCCACAACGGGUGUGAAAUUCAGAAAAAGGCUGUGAACUCUGCUCAAACAAUAAUAACCAUGAGCAAUGGAACUUUUUCGUGAUGGAUAUCUGCAGUGGAAAAUAUAAGUGUGAGUAAAUUAUUUUUUCAGUAAUAACUCGACUGCAGUUAGCCCACAUCCGAAGCCUAUUUUGUUCAUCCGUUAAUGAUCUGCUAUAUUUUCAGCGAUAUCUUUGUUAUGGACAAAUAGCCUAAGUAGGACUGUAUUUUUUACAUUCUGUCAGAAAGCAACAAAUCAGUAGUUUUUUUUUAUGGGGAGACAGCCAGUGUCUAAAUCACCAAGUCAAAGUACGCACAAUCUGAGAGACAAAGCGAACUCCGUCUGUGGUUCGCCGUAGGGUGCACAAAUCUGUCGCCAUGAGUUUAGUUGGAGGGUUUCCCCACCACCCGGUGAUGCAUCAUGACGGCUAUUCCUUCGCUGCUGCAGCUGCUGCCAGUCGCUGUCAUGAAGAACCCCCCUAUUUUCAUGGGUGGCUUAUCAGCCAUCCGGAGAUGUCUCCUCCAGACUACACGAUGGCACCCUCGUAUAGCCCCGAAUACUCAACAGGAGCCCCCGGGCUUGACCACUCGCACUACGGAGGAGUACCGGGCGCCGUUGGAAUGGAACCCCGACCAGUGAAACGUAGACCCACGGCAAACCGAAAGGAGAGGCGCAGGACUCAGAGCAUCAACAGCGCCUUUGCAGAACUCAGGGAAUGCAUUCCCAACGUGCCCGCGGAUACGAAGCUGUCCAAAAUAAAAACCCUUCGUUUGGCUACCAGUUAUAUUGCUUACCUUAUGGACAUUCUGGACAAAGACGAACAGAACGGGGAAGCAGAGGCCUUCAAGGCGGAAUUCAAAAAGACAGACGGCAAAGAAGAAAGGCGAAAGAAGGAAAUGAAUGACGUUUUGAAAAGUUCAGGGAGCAGCAAUGACAAGAAAACUAAAGGGAGAACUGGUUGGCCGCAGCAUGUAUGGGCAUUGGAACUGAAACAAUGAGACUAAUGCAAAAGACACGAAAUGAGGCCCUCUGAACUCAUUUUAGUUGUUCUCUCACUUUAUUUAAUGGAAUAUUUAUGUGCAAUUUCCCGCAUCGGACAGUGGAUAUUUGAGGAAAAAACCAUUCCAUUUUAGAAGGAGGAUACUCUCUUGGUAAGAAAUUGUAUGUUGCUGUCGAUAUUGGGUUAUCAUUGUUUGUUUUCGUGUCCCAUUGUGAAUCAAAAUGAGAUAUCUGCCACUAAGGAGUACGUGAAGUCUUUUUCUGCCUCUCUAUCACUUUCAGUAUCUAUCUCCCUCUCUCUCUUUCUCUCCUUUAAUUAUGAGGAAGAUUAGUCGAUGUUAUGAUAUAAAUGUUUUAUUUGAAAAUGUCAUGAAGUGUUAUGAUGUAAUUUUGUGGUCGUACAAUGUUGGUGUCUGUUGACAACUGUUGAGUCCACCCAGUGCACUUCCGUCCAGGGACACGAAAUUUAAAUAAUAUUGGAGAUGUAAACAAUGUAAUUAAUUCAAUAAACCACUGUGUUUUUAACGAUCUUA